GGUAGGAGUGCCCAGGCAUGCAGGGCGGAGAGCAGCCUGGUCUCGGAAUGGACAGCGUUCAGGACGCGGUCCCCCAAGACCGAGGGGGCUGUUGCCCUGCCCUCCGCAGGCUGGUCCCCGUUGGCUUUGCGGCCGAGGUGUGGACGCUCUUCGCUCUUUCCGGACCCCUGUUUUUGUUCCAGGUGCUGACCUUCAUGAUCCAUGUCGUGAGUUCAGUGUUUUGCGGGCACCUGGGCAAGCUGGAGUUGGCAUCAGUGACCCUCUCGGUGGCCUUUGUCAAUGUCUGUGGAGUUUCCAUAGGAUUGGGCUUGUCCUCGGCAUGUGACACCUUGAUGUCCCAGAGCUUCGGCAGCCCCAACAAGAAGCACGUGGGGGUCAUCCUGCAGAGGGGGACCCUGGUGCUGCUGCUCUGCUGCUUCCCCUGCUGGGCGCUCUUCCUCAACACCCAGCAGAUCCUGCUGCUCUUCCGGCAGGACCCGGCUGUUUCCAGGCUAACCCAGGAGUACGUGCUGAUCUUCAUCCCAGCACUUCCGUGCGUCUACGGUGGAGUCCUGAGAGGGACCGGCAAGCAGGCCUUCGGAGCCAUUGUGAAUGCGAUCACGUACUAUGUCGUCGGCCUCCCUCUGGGCAUCGUUCUGACCUUUGUAGUCAGAAUGAGAAUCAUGGGCCUCUGGCUGGGCAUGCUGGCUUGUGGCCUCCUGGUCACUGCCGCCUUUGCGGUCUACACCGGCCGGAUGGACUGGAAGCUCGCUGCAGAGGAGGCUCAGAAGCACGUGGGGUUGCUGCCGCAAAGCCCUGACGGCACGGUGAGCGCGGCGAGCGCGGCGACCUCGGCCCCCCGCCCCGGGCCUGCGAAAGCUGUCACCUCUUCAGUGGCCACAGGUAACUCCCCAGGCAUCACCCUGAUGACGUAUUCAAGGCCCGAGUGCCACCUGGACCUCUUCAGGACCCCGGAAGCAGCCCGUGCCCUGUCGGCCCCGGCCAGCCCCCUGUCAACAAAACAGCUGCUCAUCCGCCGCGGGGCUGCUCUGGGGGUGGUGUCAGCCAUGCUGAUGGUGGGCCUGGUCAUCAGGUUCCUGACCGCCAGACAUUAGCCACACAGCUCGGAACCAGAAAGGGAGCCAAGAGUGGCCGCCCCCACCCGCCCACACCUGCCUACAGCAGCACCCGCGGGAGCCAGGCUGGGGGGACACCUUGGUGCACACCUCCGAGAACGACCUGCCGCCGUGUGACCAGUGUCAAACUGGUGUGUCAAACUGGCUUUCUCCCCUCUGCUCUUUAAGAAGCCAUCCGCCGACCGAAGAGACAGAGUCCUGGGACUGCUGCUAGGAGUCGGUGAUGUACACGGCUUCAAAUCGGGAGACUUCAAAGCACGAUCCCAAAACACACUGUCACUCAAUUAAAAAUUCCAUUUUCUCCCAGGAGACUCUGGUGCCCGGGUCUGUUCACAAACCCUUUGUGAAGUCCCUGCCCCAUGCGCCCCUGUAGAUCUGGGUGCCGUGAAACCCCAACGAGACAGGUGGCCGUCCACAGACCCUCCUUUGCCUUUGCCUUUGCCUUUCCGCUAACCCUUCGCUCCGUCAGCAUCAUGCUGAUCACAGACCUUGAGAAACACUGGUUCUUACAGCAGGGAUGGGGUAGAAGCAAGGGCAGCCGAACCCAGAUGGCCGGGCCACACAGCCUCGGGAUGGAAGGCAGUGCCGACCCAAAUUCUCGGACGCUUCUCCUGGAGGCCUGGGACUGCCGAACGUUUUCAGGCUCCGUGCCUCCAAAGUGGAGGGCGGUCUGGCCUCCCCUGCCCCACACAGUCCCUUCGGCAUCAGUAGCUCUAAACGCGUCACAAACAAAAUGAAUUUAUUGAUCAGAACCAAUAGAAACAAAAGGAAGCACAGAACGUAAUCCCGGUUUGAAAGAGUCAAUGUGAGUUCACGUUGGGGACCUGGCAACACUCCGGGCCUCCCACUCCCUGGAAGGCAGCGAUCCUCCUUGUCUGGGACAUACAUAACCUUAGUGAGCUGUAGGCAACCCAACAAAAUGACUGGGAACUGAGCACAGAAAAGUAAUGUUGCCCCAAAUGUGUUCUAAGGUUACAAAGUCUUCAGAGCAAAGGGUUCCCUGGUCAAGUAAGUUUGGAAAACCACCCACGCCAGCCUGCAAAUGUUCUGCAGGCCUGGGGUCCUGAAAUAUGCUGCCGUGCUUUACGAAACCCGGUGGACAGGGUGGGUGGUGGGAUCAACUUUUGUGUAAAACCUUAUGGGAUUAAUGUUCUGGGAAGAGGCUUACGGAAACGCUUGUUUUAGAUUAGCAAAUGGGGAUAGGAGGGUAGAGGGGAAAAACCUAUUUACUAUACAGGUAUUUUAAAAAAUAAAACCCCACGGGGGCGCCUAGGUGGCUC